AACUCGUGAACCAGACAAGAAACACAGCAUCCUUCACCGUCUUGAGGUAAAUACCUUGCUUCUUUCUAGGUGCUCGAUUUCAAUUCAGCUCAAUUCGUUCUUUUUCUUCGGUUCGGCUGUUCUUCUCGGUUUUCUCUUCAGCUCCCAGCCCUGACUAGAAUAAAAACCCAGCGGGUUCACGCAAGGCAGGACGAAAGCUAUAGUCUUGACCGUCAUAGACGGCUCAACGACCCUCCUUGAAGAGCUAAAAUGGCAGACCAACAGCAGACUGCCCCAAAGGGAUAUUAUUCAAACACGAACAAAAUCCCCACUGUACAGCAGUUCAUAGAAAAUUUGGACAGAGGCAAGAAGGAACGAGAUCGGCAAAUAGACGAAGCAGUACAAGCAAAGACGCAAACAGCAGAGGCACACAAGCCAACUCCAAAGGGGAAAAAUCAACGUUAUGCCACCGAUCCAGUGACCGGAAAAGAGGUUGUGAUUGAGGAUGCCACGAAGGAGAUGUACACACAUGUCACAGACCCCAAGCUGUCUGUUCCAAAUGCAAAUCUAGGGAAGGAUACCCCCAUCAAAACCGACGCUUCUCAGAAAAACCCCGAAUACAAGGAAGCCCAGGACAUAACAGCGCCGCCAGACCCAAUCGAACCGGGAACGACAUCAGAUGUUCCCAUCCAUGGCGAGAAAACGAACAUCCUGUUCCAUCCUACACCUUCGGUCAGCUACGAGCCCACUUUCGCCAGGCUCGAGAAGCAGGCUGGCGUAGUCUGUGUCACGACUUUCCUUGCCAUCAUCGUCCUUGGGAAAUGGUUUGGUGGCUCAUUAAAGGGGCUCAUUCCCCUUGCUGCAUGUGUUGCCUCCGGAUUUUGGCUUUGGAUGAAGGAAGUCGUUCGAAGUGGACGUGAGGUUGAAUGGGAAAGCGAGAAGGAACGCGGUCGAACUGCCACGCAAAAUUUGCUUCCAGAAUCUGUCGAAUGGAUGAACACAUUGCUUCAAAUUGUGUGGGGCCUUAUCAAUCCCGACAUGUUUGCUUCAGUUGCAGACACUCUUGAAGAUGUCAUGCAAGCUUCCGUGCCUGCUGUCAUAGAGAAUGUCCGCGUUGCCGAAAUCAAUCAAGGAAGCAAUCCGAUCCGAAUCCUAAGUAUUCGAGCGCUUCCAGAUGAUCACAUGAAGGAGAUGAAGAAAGCUAUACAUGAAGAAAACAAAAAGACGAAAGACCCUCAAGAAGCUGCCGCCGAUGAGGAAGGCGGUGACUUUUACAACGUCGAGGUCGCCUUCGCAUACCAUGCUGAACCGACUGGAAAACGUGUAUCAGAGAAAGCUCGCAACAUGCAUAUGCAACUGGUGUUUUACCUUGGCAUCAAAGGGCUUUUCGGCGUCCCUCUUCCAAUUUUCGUUGAACUGCAAGGGCUCGUCGGCACCGUUCGUCUACGGCUUAAUUUGACACCGGAACCGCCAUUCCUUAAAACUGUCACAAUGACUCUGAUGGGAGUUCCUCAAGUCACCGCAGGCUGCAUCCCAAUGCUCGAAAAGGGAGUCAAUCUUCUCAACCUGCCAUUGAUUUCGAACUUCGUCAACUACGCCAUUGGUGCGGCCGCUAGCAUGUACGUAGCACCAAAGUCCAUGAUGAUCGAUGUCAGGUCGAUUCUACAGGGUGAUGAUAUCACGAAGGACGUGCACGCCCUUGGCGUCUUGUGGAUUCGCAUCCACCGUGCCGUUGGACUCAGCAAGCAAGAUAAACGCGGCAGCAAAUGGGGUGGGAGCGACCCAUACAUCACCCUGUCCUUCUCAAAAUAUGGCAAGCCGAUGUACUGCACGCGUGUUAUCACUGAUGAUCUUAAUCCUAUUUGGGAGGAAACUGCGGCACUGCUGGUCACCCCGGAACUCAUUAAGGCUGACGAAAACUUAAGCGUCGAACUAUGGGACUCUGAUCGACACAGCGCAGAUGACAUUGUUGGCAAGAUUGAACUGAGUAUGCAAAAGAUGAUUCAGCAUCCCGGCAAAAUGUUCCCUCAGGUUUCGAAGCUCGCUGGCAUGGAUGCCGGUAGUGAGAUGCCAGGCGAACUACACUGGGAGGUUGGAUAUUUCGGUAAACCCAAGUUUAGACCCGCUCUACGCACUGAUGGAAAGAACUCGGCCCUGCUUCCGGAACUUAAGGACAAGCCGGAACUGCAAGACGAGAAAGGGGUUGCGAACUCCGCUGAGGACGAUGCCGCCCAACACACUCCACCUGAUCCAUUGUGGCCAUCAGGAAUUGUCAACAUUGUCAUUCACCAAAUCGUUAACCUAGAGUUGGAGAAUAUCAAAGGCAGCGUUGGAAACCGCAAGGGCCGUGAAUACGAACCUGCAAAGCCUGCUGGUGAGAGUAAAGAAGAAACAGGCUCACACCUUCCAACAAGCUACUGUACAAUUCUCUUUAAUGACGAGCUUGUCUACCGUACGCGAUCAAAAGCCGUCAGCAGCCAGCCUAUUUUUAAUGCCGGCACGGAGCGUUUUAUCCGAGACUGGCGCUCAGCCAUUGUCACCGUCACCGUCCGUGACUCACGAAAUCGUGAGCAUGACCCAAUCCUUGGUGUUGUGCCACUGAAACUGUCGGACAUCUUGGAUACAAGCUCACAAGUUACCCGAUGGUACCCGCUUGACGGCGGCAUUGGCUUUGGUCGUAUACGUAUAUCACUUUUGUUUCGAAGCGUCGAGACUCGGCUACCACCAAACAUGCUCGGCUGGGACGUUGGCACUUUUGAAUUUACAUCCGAGCGAAUUCUGGCUACAGGAUACAAGAAUGCUGCAAAGCUCAAGAUGCGGACUGGCGGCAGCAGUGGAAAAAUUUCUCGCUCUGAAUGCAAGCCACUUGAAGAAGGUGACGGAUAUUUCUGGGAUCUGCAGCAAGACAACAUCCGUCAAGCUGCUCGCUUGCCCGUGAAAUACCGCUAUCGGUCUCCUAUAGUUUUCGAGUUCCACGUAUCUGGCAAGCGUAAAGUAGAUGCUUACGCUGUUAUCUGGUUGCAUCACCUAAUCGACAACGAAGACACACCAAUCAACAUUCCGAUCUGGCAAACGAGCGCUCCUGCUCGUAUUACGCAGAACUACAUUACUGAAGCUAAUUGUAAGAAUGAAGUUGCUCUGGACGAUCUUAAGGAGGUCGGCCGACUCCAAUUCCGAGGCCGCUUCAAAGCUGGAAUGGAUGAGAGCCACAAGGCAUUCAUUUAUGACAAUGACUCUCGUGAGACCUUCGAAACUUGGGAGGCAUGCCUUGCGGAGGGCGUUCGUACCCGCAAAGUAGACAAAGAAGUGCCAGAAAUUGUCCAGCAACUGCAUGAAGAAUCUCUCUCCGAAGGACGUGACAUUUUGCAGUCAGAGAAUGAAAAGGAGAAGAAGAAGUGGCUUGACAAAUCCGGCAGGGACUGGUCUGGGGCUUUUGGUCAAGAUCCGAAGGCUUAUGUUGACUUUCCAUCACGUCAAAAGCGGCGUGAGCCCGGGGUCGAUCCACCACUGCACGAUCCACACCACCCUAGCGAGGAUGAGCACAGUACUGACGAUGAUGAUGUCUCUGAUUCCAGCAGCGAGAUGGAUCUAGGUAUUCAGGACGCUGACAAUACUGAACACUUUUCACGUCGUACGCUGAGAGGGGAGGAAAAAGAUGACAGCGAACAGAGCAAUGAGCAGCGCAAGAGUCUCUCGACGGUCGAUACGUCUACAAACUCAACUACGGACACCAGCAUAAGCGCAAAAAGUAGUAAAGAUAUCAACAAGCAAAACAAGCGGACUGAGCACCGUAAGCAUAGAGGGAUGAUGCAAUGGAAACCUAUACGAAAUGCGAAAUUUGCUGGCGACGAAAGCUUGAUCGGAUUACGAAAGCUGAAAAACAAGCUGACGGGUGGUCUGGACGGCAGACAGCCCGACGUGGAAACUGAAACCGCAUGAUAUAGGCAUAUGCAUAUGGUGGACACGAAAAUAAAAACGACAAGUUUAGGCUUUUUAAGGAACUUCGGAAGUUUUAAGAGUAUUUAUGCGCUUCAGUUGUAUGAUUAAAACUGGUCGACUACGAGUUGAGAGAACUGAAACAUAAACGACGUCAUAUAAUAUACGUCUUUGGACUUUGCAAUUGUUACGAAAGCCAAAAGUCAUUAUACACACAAACACACACACACACACAUAUAUAUAUAUAUUGAAAUUUUGCGACCAAGAGAUUCUAUAUCAAAGUUUUCACAUUUUCAUUGUAGCAAUGAGGCAAUGAUGUUAGACAUAGUGUCGCGAUGAGAACAAAGUAUCGAACAAGAAAUAC